AAUCAGCUGAUUUGGAAGAAAGGCAGGUUGUGACUCGUGUAUUCCCUUAUAGUUUGUGUUUUUGUAGUGAGUACUACACCUCGAUAUAUACCAUUUCCUGGGCUUGUUUCAGUCCCAAAAAGUGAUCAUAGACUGUCGAAAAUAGAAGAACUUUUAAAGUUCUGAAAUUAAUGAUCUCUUCGACAAGUUAAGUGCGUAUUUGUACGAUUCUGAGCUUUCUGAAUGUGAGCUUAAUCCAUGGAAGAAAGGGAGGAAAGGUGAAGAACUAAAGUGGAAGUGUUUUUGGAGAUUUUGGAAAUUUGGAAAAAUGGCCCAUUCCUUGGCUUCAAAUCCAAUGUCAUAUGUCUUUAAUCGACAGAUUGAUGACAAAAUUGAUCAUCGUGAACGACUUGUCAAAGCGAGAUUCGAAAAUUCGGAGAAUCUCUUCAGGAAAAAUCUCCUCUCGCAUUAUGGGUGCGUCAAUGCAAUCGAGUUUUCGAAUCAGGGCGAUCUCCUCGUUUCAGGGGGAGAUGACAGAAGAGUUUUAUUAUGGAGAGUAGAACAAGCGAUUCAAGGAAUCGGAAAACCGACCGUAAUGCGAGCUGAGCAUUCUAGUAACAUAUUCUGCCUGGGUUACGAUAACAGCAAAUCAAAAAUAUUUUCAGCAGGCAAUGACGAUCAAGUAAUCGUGCAUAAUCUUCAAACAGGAGACCCUUUAAAUUUUUUUUUGCACGAAAAACCUGUCUACGGUUUGUCGAUUCAUCCACACAACGAUUUCGUGUUUGCAAGUGCCUGUGAUGAUGGCAGAGUUCUUAUAUAUGACAUCAGAGGCUCCACAGAAUCCUUAUGUUUGGCACAAUACAAAAGCGCUUUUCACUCCGUUAUGUUCAGUCCAAUCGACUCGAAAAUACUGGCCACUGCUAAUGCAAAGGAAGGGGUCAGCUUGUGGGAUAUUCGGAAACCGUUAGAGCCUGUCUUACGAUAUGGAACCGAUGGACCAUCGCAAAGUUGUAUGUACGUAAGAUUUAAUUCAGCUGGAAACAGAUUGCUAGCUUUGAGAAGAAGAUUGCCACCAGUUUUAUACUCAGUGGACUCGCCAAAACACCUUUGUCAAUUCGAUCACCGUGGAUAUUAUAACAGUUGUACCAUGAAGUCUUGCUGCUUUGCAGGAGACAAUGACGAAUAUGUUUUAUCAGGUUCUGACGACUUCAAUCUUUACAUGUGGAAAAUUCCCACCGACGAUACCCAGUGGGUCGACUCUGCACAUAUGAAAUUGUGUGGUCACAGAUCGAUCGUGAAUCAAGUGCGCUACAACCAAAGCAGUUGUAUUUUAGCUUCCUCGGGAGUGGAGAAGAUUAUCAAAAUCUGGAGUCCAUUUCCCCUAGGCUACGGUUCCUUAGGAGGAUUGAAGAGAGAAUCAGGAAAGCAGGAAAAACAACGUCGAGUUUUUGCUCAUAAUGAGUACAUUGAUUUGGUUCUGCGACGUGGACAUUUCAUGACUCACGAUUAUAGUCAUCAAUCGACGCGGGAAGAUCCUCGUAUGAUGGCUUUCUUUGAUUCUCUAGUACAACGUGAAAUCGAAGGAUGGAGCUCUGGAGACGUUACGGCGCCACAAACUCCUAGUGAUACCGACAAUUUAAAUGCGAGAAACUCCCACAAUGGGACGGAUUCAGAUGAUUCGUUGGAUCUGUCCUCGGAUCGUCAAUUAAUGCUCACUAUACUCGGGCCGACAGUGAAUUCUCGAAAUUCUUCGACGGGAAUGGCGCCAGAAAGGCCUUCGGAAUCACCGAAUCGAAUAACUCGUCUCAUAGCAAAUCGCAGGACGAAGCUGAUGAGACUGGCCGGAAUGGAAACCUCGGAGACAAACACCCCCAACACUCCCGCCACUUCCACCACUGUCAGCGCCACAAAUGGUCAUGCUGGCGAAUCCAGUUGUGUUUCGGAAACAGUGGCUGAGAGCUCGAGAACAAAAAGCAAAUCGAAAUCAAAAUCAAAGCUGAAAGGUGCCAAGAGAAAAUUGAACAAAAGCUCGAGUAGAAGCAGCAGGACCAGACGAUCGGCGGCUGUUGAAUUUCAGACUGAAGAAGAGGUGGAUGCAACCCAGCCAAGUACAAGUUCGGGUGUGAUUUCGCGAAGAUCGAGAUAUACUUCGACGCCUGUUGAGUGCAACCCGAGAAAUUCUAGUAGCAGCAGUUCUGAUGACAACGAUAUCGAGAGUUCGGUGAAGAGAAAAACCCCCAAAACUGAUUCGGACAGCUCGUCGAAAACGCACAGAAGGAAACACAGGAAGUGUAAAAAUAAUGUCAUGUUGAAAAUAAUGGGUGGAAAGAACAGCAGGAAAAAGCAGAAGGUCGAGAAUGAGACAGAUGAGGAGUGGUGGAAGGAUAUGGUAAAUGGUUCAAAAACGGACACAGCCGAACGUCAGGAGACGCCGGUGAAAAGAACCAGCCGAAUUCCUCCAACCUCAGACAGUGGUAUCACAUCAGGAGUUUCCACCGCCGAAAAAAGUCGAGCUUCAGUCCAAAAUAAUGGAAAAGACAGUGAGAGUUCAGAUCACGAGCAAAAUCUGAAAAGUCUCGAGAACUUCAGGAAAAAAGUGGACGCUACAAAACGCAGUUACCGCAAACGCACGCAAUCAGUCUCGUCCGAUUCUUCCGACUAGAAUCUCGUUGAUCAUAAACGUAAACCGUCAAUCUCUUUCCCUUUUGUAAAUAAUGGAGCUGUGAUUCCUUGAAGUAUAUUUUUAUAACACUAAGUUUAACCCCGCGAGGUCAAUCCACUUUUCUAUCUUUGCGUUUUUUUUUCUUGUUUUUUUUUCUUUCAUUUAUUUUUCGCGUUCGCCUUUCAAUUCAUCGUACCAAUCCCGUCUGCGUGUCCCUAUAGUAAAUCCAUCAUUCGAGCGAUCGAUAGAAAUAUUGAUAAAACUCGAUUGUUUAAUCGUGAAGAUUGAAUCGGAAAGAUCGCUUUCUGUAACGAUUUGCUUCGAAUAAAAAUGCAAAUCCGAAUGAGUAUUAAUCGCGAUUUUGAGGAACUGAAUUAUUCGGGUUUGAUGUAGUGAUUGAAGCCAUUUUAGUUGAACUAAUUGAUGUAUUCUCGACACUAUACGCGCACCAUGGGAAAAUAAUAAAAUGAUACAUUGGUACAUACUUGUAUUCUA